AUGGAGCAGGCUGGCGAGACCCCUGCUGUCCCGAGGAUCUCGAGGGCGCUAUCCAUGCCGCUUCCAUCGCAGCUAGGUCCGUUCCAGCAUCCACGACGACUCGCAUAUACAAGUCCCAGAGGCGCGUCGUUCGUGACCGAGCCAGCGCGAGAACCAGCUCACCUCGAGGAGCUCUCGCUGGAACUCGCUGACUCUGUUCAGAUGGUCAUCCAGACUCUGCUUCAGCUCUCUCCUCCCCAAGUGCUCGAUCCUGCGAAGGAGCAGUUCUCCGCGUGUUCGCUGUCCAUCCCCACGCCUUCGGUGUCCGCUAUGUUCACCUCCAUGAAGAACCUAAACUACAUGUCGGCCAACAUGUCCACUUUCAGCGUAGACCCGUCUGCAUCUGCGCAGAUGGCCAGCAUCGGGCGGCCUAAAAACGAAAGUGGCUCGGCCACCUAUGUCGACUUCGAUGUCGCGGAGAUGCUGCAGAGCGUUGGAGACGCGCUCAGCGGGGUCGCGGCACAGGCGGGCGUGGACUUGGUUCUGUUCCACGACGACCUUGGCAUGCGACAUAUCGCUGUGAAGGGAGACGAAAGCGGCCUAUCCUAUACCCUUUCCCAUGUUCUUCGCCAAAUCAUCAGCGUCGCGAAUCACGGCGACAGCAUAGAGGUUGGCCUUUAUAUCGACAGUGUCAAGGGUCCUCUUCGUUCCCCCUCUCCAGGCUUGUCACCGAGGUCAAAUUCACCAUCUUCCGACUUCGAAACGGGACCUCUACGCUGCAGCUUCCACAUUGCGCAUCGAUUCGGCAUGGCCGAUGCUCCUUCCCCCAUGGUCGAUUCAGGCACACUAGAUCCCAAAGACGCGCACGUCCCCCCUUCGCGCAAUCAGCCUUCCUUCAAGUCGCUCAUCCUCCGUCGUCUCCUGCAACACGUUGACGCACAACUGGAUGACGUCCCCACCAAGGGAUCUUUUGUAGGGCGCUGCUGUGUGCUUGCCACGACGCUUGAUCGAGGGUCCCCUUCAGUGGUCGAUCCUGCCGUUCACCUCUCACCCGAAGAGGCUUCCUAUAUAGGCUACCCCGCCGACAUGCGCAUAUCCCAUGAGCCCACCUUGGAGCAGUUGACACAGUUCGCUGAAUCGCUGAAAGGUCGGAAGGUUACGCUGAUCGCUCAUUCCAAAGGGUCUUUCGCCCAGCAUCUAACAAGCUAUCUCACCGCUUGGGGCAUGGAUGUCAGCCACGUCUCUACGGAGUCAGACGCAGAUGGUCUUUCAGAAGCUGGAGAGGCGAGUCCGGACCACAAGCCGAGUGCUACACGGGAGGGAGUCCCUUCAACAAUCCCGGAGGCCACUACUGCACCGACGUCUCCUACACCUGGCUCACCUCCGACGGCCGACCCUUUUAUCUUGAUCGACGACGACGUUCCAGCGCUUCGUACACGCUUGCAGAAGCUGCGCACUGAACAGGCUUAUCCCCUCAACUUGCACACACGUAAACGACCGUCGCUUGCAUCAAACCACAGGCCACGAUCGUCUCCUCAAGUCACUCGCGUCAUAGGCUUGUCUUCUCAGACGACGCAGCUCGCCCCUCAGGUCGUCAUCGUUCACUUCACGUCCCUAGCCAACUUCAAGCUGGUCAAGGAUGCCGUCCAGUCGAUGAUGGUGCCCGGCAACUCCUGGACGCGGUUACCAGAGGUCAUCGUUGUCCCCAAGCCCGCGGGUCCCCGUCGCAUACUGACGGCGUUACACACGGCUGUGACCAAGCCCGUGGUGGACCCCUUCUUCGCACCCAUUGCGACGUCCCCGGUCAGCCCGAGUUUCCAUCCUAUGUCCCCGCUUUUCUCUAUGCCUUCCGCGCAACGUUCCCCGGGCGGCCGAUCGACUGGGAGCCUCCGGACAGGUUCCGAUCGUUCGACAAGGUCUCCAAAGGAUGUCCUGGAAACUGUCAACCUCGCGCCAUCGUCGCCUCUCGGCAUGUCAGACAAUAUUGAGUAUUUCUCUGACGCGGCGUCCAAGCUCGGCAGCUCUCCUGCCUCGGGUCUAGUCAUCCAGAGUCCCGACGGUCAGCCGGCCGGCAUCUUCUUCCACCCGAAAUCCAAGGGCAAGAGCAACGUCGUCGAUCGUCCCCAGGCAGAAUCAUCGGGCUCAAUUUCACGACCCAGGGGCUCUAGCUACCGCCGGUUGUCCGACGCCGAGUCGAGGAGGGGUCUUUCCAUCCCUCAAGGCGGCGAAUCGCAUCGUCGCGGGACACGUCUUCCCCCGACGCCGGAGGCGCCGCCACAAGAGCCUGUCUAUGAAGUCGGGACACCUAACGCGGCCGUCAAGGGCAAGCCUCGUGCCUCGUCGAUCAGCGAGGCCGUCUCACUCGAAGCCCAGCCUGCGGCAACGACAUCCGCCGAGCAAGCGCCCUCUCCAACAGCGCCCAAGCUGUCUAGGAGGACAAGCCAAGAUCCGCGACACAGUCCCCCACUCUCGCCGCAGACUCGGACACCUGGCGCCUCCACCACGCGUCGGCCGUCCAAGCGACCGACGGCGGAGUCUUCUGCGUCCGCGCCCGCAGCCAUUCCGAAGAAAGGCACGCGGGGCUCGGAAAACAAUAUCGUGCCUCCUAUAAGCGUUCUCAUCGUCGACGAUAAUCCUAUCAACCAAACCAUUCUGUCUACGUUCAUGAAGAAGAAAAAGAUCAAGUACGACGUCGCGAAGAAUGGCGAGGAAGCGGUCCAGAAGUGGCGGUCGGGCGGCUUCCAUCUCAUCUUGAUGGACAUCCAAAUGCCAGUCAUGGACGGUAUACAGGCCACGAAGGAGAUCCGGCGGUUUGAGAAAAACAACGGCGUGGGAGGCUUCCCGUCUACGCCCCAAUCCGAGGGUCAGCAGACACCAUCGGAGGCGUCGACUUCGGAUACACGGUCAUCGUCGACGCCAUCGUACAGAUCCUCGGUUAUCAUCGUCGCCUUGACCGCGUCUUCGCUGCAGAGCGAUCGUGUAGCGGCGCUCGCAGCUGGGUGCAACGACUUCCUGACCAAGCCGGUGUCGCUUCAUUGGUUGAACAACAAGAUCAUCGAAUGGGGUUCGAUCAAGGCGCUACAGAUGUGGGCAGACAUCCGGCCGGAAGUGGUAAGGAGCAUCACCACAGGGCAGGCAGCUCAGGCCCGGACAGUAGCCAGCCGGCUGCACGUACCGGAGGGGCGCUCGACCCCUCUUGCCCCGCGGAGUCGCUCGCCGUCGCAAGCACGCAAGUCUCCCCUGGACGCUGCGAAGGCUGCGGCCGAGUCUUUGUCGCGGGCCGACCGUGGUUCUGCGACGCCGGUGAGCGAUAACUCACCGAGGGUGUCGCCCCCGGCGACGAAUGGACACACCGAGUCAGGCCCGAUCCUUGCUGGUAAGAAUAGUGCGGAGCUUGAGGCAUUUGCGCUGGAGAUAACGUUGCCAUUUACAGUGUCUGCUACUGCACCCGACGCACAAAGUGAAGCGCUUCCCGAGGCCCGCCCCGUGGUCCACGAUGCCCGUACGUAG